CUAUUGCUGCCUCGGCCGACUUCGCAGGAAAAUUCGUCAACAUUUAUUGGAGUGUUCACCGAAAUGGCACUUUGCCAGCGGAGCAGAGACCCAACACACACCAUUGUGAUUUGUAGGAAUAGACCACAAAGAGACAGGGGCAGCAUGUGCAGCAAUCAGCCGCUGAACGUUUAGGUUGUAAUGACAUCUAGGAUGAUCUCCUGACCCUCACCGCGUCCAGGCUGAACAAUGCACAACCUAUUGAACGGGAUAGUAAAAUCCAGUCGCCCCGAAAAUGUGAAACGGGAACUGAUAGAGAAGAAGCUGAUCCCAGCUGCUUCCAACCCAAUGUCUCUCAAAGAUUCCGAGGCUCUUUUGGAGGCUGCAUGGGAGCUAGCAACCAAUGGCGAUUCAGAGUUUACGCAGAAUGGUGGCACGCAGGUCUUUACAGCCUGGUGUGAACACCACACGACUGCACUUUCAAAGUUUUUUACUCAGUCGCACCUCAUCACUGCGCUUACAUCGCCAUCUGUUGUCAGAAAAGACAGGAUGCUUACAAUGGUGACUUCCAUCCUCCUCCACAUGCAAGCGGAUCCGAGCUUCCCGAAACUCUGUGGGCUGGUGCAGACUUGUUGCAUCAAAGUGCUAGAGGAGUCUGCGGGCACACUCGCAGUAUGCAAAGCCAUGGUGGACCUCUUGGAACGUUUCCCUCAGUGCCUCCCAGCGGAAGAAUACCGUGGCAAGCUUUGUAUGACCAUCACGACCUGCAUCACCGCGUUUCCUUGUCCUACCCAGCCGCAGGAGUUCAAGGACUUUUUGCAGGAUGUUACUCGUAUCUGCGCGUUUAUGAAGUCUGUAUGGACAUCAUCUCAAGCAGCUCUACACAGGACACUGGAGACAGUUUACAUCGUUCUUACAGGAGAAGGGGAGAAUUUUUCCGCAGCGCUAGCGGCUAUUGUUGAUUUGUUGCCCCUGAGCUUGGUCUCCACUGCAUCCUCGCUGAUGAGAAAAAGCGGCGGUGGCACUCAGCCGUUGCUGAAAGCUUCUCAGCGUCUCCUGGUGUGUCUCGGAUGGCCGGGGGCUGCCAACGUCCACAACUGGGUUCUCGCCGCUCUCAAGGGACUGCUCAGCACACGGUGUUUCCCGGCAAUCAAGGAAUUGUUUGAGACACAAAUCUGCACGGUAUUGCACAAGGUGGCCCAUCCUCUGACGCGCAAGUGUUCCCUGCCUGUGCUUUCGUACAUGCUGCUUUCAUAUCAGCACUCACCAGCCCUGUUUCACAAGGUGGCUCCCCAUAUUCCUCUGUUAAUAUCCAUGCUCAGAAAUGAGAAGAAAGGAGCAGAUGCUGUAGUAAAAAAGGUGGCAGAGCUGGCCCAGACGCUCAUGUACCUUCAUUCAGGCUUUCCGGACCUCUAUGAUCCAAUAUUGGACGCCAUCAAGGACAUACCACUUCUUGACCAAGAAGAGAUGCAGCAGUCUGUAGUGCAGCACAAAGUAGACAGUCUGAGCGACAAGUACAGCAGUGGCAUUGCUGGGGACACCCUGCUUGCAAGACGUGAGGAUGAACUGGUCGGACUGGUUAACCUGGGUAACACAUGCUAUGCCAAUAGUGUGUUGCAAGCCCUCUACAUGACUUCGAGGUUACGGAAUGAGACACUUCGGAGCAACUUCAUUCUUCAUCAGAGUGUGUUGAAGAAACUGCAAGAAGUUUUUGCAUUCCUAACCUUAACACAGCGUCCAGCCUUCUGUCCAGAAAGUUUCCUCGAAAGCUGCAGACCCCCUUGGUUUGAACGCGGAGAGCAGCAGGACUGCUCGGAAUUCUUGCGUUUCCUGAUCGACCGCUCCCACGAAGAACAACGGAACACGAUCAACGAGAGCAAGCAGACUGAUGCCGAGGGUUCGCAGACGCUAGUACAGAAAGUGUUUAGUGGAACAAUUCGGACUACGUACCAAUGCUUGGGGUGCAAUUCGCAAUCAGUGAACAAGGAAAACAUCACGGACUUGCACCUGGCGUUUCCGGAAGGAUCCGCAGGGGGAGAGGGGAAGAAUUACCACACGAGGUCAGCCGCAAAGUCUGAGCAGAUGAAGAUGGAAAAUGGAGAUGGAUCGGAUGAUGAGUCUACAAAGCCCCUGUCGUUGAAGAAUUUGUUGGAGAACUACUUUGAACCGGAGAACAUGGAAGGGGAUAACAGGUACCAAUGUGACAUGUGCAAUGCUUUAAUGGACGCCCGACGUUCCGUGGAGCUGGACUCCGCCCCUGACCACCUCAUACUCACCCUGAUGCGGUUCUCGUACGAUGCUACAACUGGGACUCGCACAAAAAUCCUUCGAGAGAUCCAGUAUCCUCAAGUGUUGUCCUUACCCUCCAACUGUGGCCUGCGGGAAGAGGCUGUGUACGUUCUCUACAGUGUGGUGGUUCACUCUGGGACGUCAGCAGAACGGGGUCACUACUACACGUACGCCCGCCUCUCCAGCCAUGAUCCGCAGUCGCCAAGGAAAUCAACCUAUCGUGCGUGCAAGAACACUGACCCUUUGUCAAAGCGGUGGUACUUGUUCAAUGACAGUAGGGUGUCACCAUCAUCCUUUAGCGCCUUCGAAGGCCUGACACGGCGAUUUCCAAGGGACACUGCAUAUUUGCUCUUCUACAAACGCAUCAAUUCAGUUCCAACAGACGUUGAGUCAAGCAGCGGUUCAGACGACAACAUGCUGACAGACGACAACAUCGAUCCGUCCCUGAAAGCAGUGGUUGAAGCCGAUAAUGCUAAGUACUUUGAGGAGCAAGAGGCCAAGUGCAAGAGGGCACGCUGGUCGCCAAACAAAGGUGGUGACAAUGGCUGGGAUUCUUCAGGUGGACCUUCGCCCCCUCCGGGGGGUUGUGGUAUUGGGGGUGGGGGAGGAUUUGGUGGACUGGGGGAUGUGCCUCGUGUGGUCUUCUAGUCUCCGACACUGCUGUGUAGCAUCCUCAUUAACCCCCUGCCCAUAUGGGUGUGUGUGUGUGUGUGGCUGCUCGUUGGUUACGUAGCUCACGAAACAAUGUUGUAUAAAAUUAAUUUAAAAUGAUAUCUGUAAAAAUUAUUUUCCAUAGGAUUUUACAACUAGUGCGGUCGAACGCUGUGUACGACAGACGCUGUUUCCUAACAAGUUUUGUCCUUUGCUUGCAGUUUCAUUUUAUGAAAGGUACGUUUGUUUUUGUCGGAAGCCAAUUAAGAAGCAGAUUGUUUUUUGUCACGUCCCCUGGUAUGGUGUAAGUUUGUAAUAAUGACGUUAGGCUGUUUUUCCAUUUUCAGUUUACAUUGCAAAGGGUGUUUCCGAUUUGGUGAAUCAGUUACGGCUGUUUCUGGUUGGGGUGACUGUGACCCGUGAUCUGGGGCGCAGGAUUAUGAUAAACUUAGUAAUGCGACGUAGUAAUGUGUUAUGUAUUGUUGAUGCUGGACUUUUGAGAAAUUUAUGAUGAUCAUUUCAGAUAAUAAGGGCACAUCUGGUCAAGGUGUAAAAAGCCUAUUUUUAUGUUUGCAGCUGAACUGGUCUCAUUACAAUAUUUCUCAGUUUUGCCAGUCUUUACCAGGCUAUCAGUUCUCAUAUAUUUUUGUAGACCUUGCAAUAACAGCAUAAAAUCAUUGUUUUGCAGUUCUCAGUGCUGAAGUAAUUUUUACACUGCUUGUAAAACUUGUUUCCUCAAAGGCAAGUGAUGUUUCAAGCUGCUUAUUUGGUAUAUUGUUUUAGUGCCUGAAGGUCCAGUGUUUGGUAGCAUAACACGGUUUAAUGAUGAAUACCACAUGUUUUUAUGUGAGGUUGCUCUGGUGCAUCUCCAGCGGCACGCAGCCAUGCCUAAUGAGAGUCGAUGUGUGGAUUUGCAUUUGUGAAGGGACAUUGGUGCCUAUAUUGGGUGUGUGGUGGUGAUUAAUCCUUCUCUGUGACGUGCCAUGAAGAUGUGUUUACCAUAUAAUCACAAGAGGUGAUCUACUUAAAGUGUUAGUAGUUGCCGUUUGCUGCCGGUACCGGUGGCUGCUGACACUAGGUGACGGGCUCAGGGGGAAUGCAGCUCUGCUUAUGUUAGAGUAAAUAAAAGUACCUGGAUUGUGAGAGGAAUUUGUUUGUAUAUGUAUAGGUAUGAAAGACUGGCUUCCUUUGGCUUCCAUCUGUGCAGGUUCCACACUUGAGUCCUGCAACAGGGAAUUCCUCUGAGUUGGUUGAGUCGUCAUAAUGUCACAAAACUGAACCUAAGCAGCUGUGUAUAUGCUUUGACCAAUCUCUGUUUCUGCAGGAUUUUGUUAAUGGAGCUCCUGAGACAUGCUGUUCCCUUUCUUUCGACAUCACCUGUGCAGCUUGUUUGGUGCGUUGCAUUUCUUUUCACGGGUCAUACUCAUGAUUGAAGGUCGAUUUUCAGUUCGGUUUUUCAAUUUGCAUGAAGCUGUGCCCCAAGUCUCUGCAGACCUUACUGUUGUGCUAAAACAAAAGCAGGCCAUAAAUAAAGUCACCCCAUGCAUUCUGGUA